AUGGACGAUGGGCCAUGUUCAAAUCUUGUUUAUGCAGUGCCAAAUAUCACGGAAUAUGUGCUUUCCACUCUCGGAGAACGUUGUCUCCCGUACUCAAUCAUUCUACCAACAGUUAUUUUCUAUCUGAUUAUCUUUUUGGUUGGUGUAUUUGGAAAUGUUUGUACAUGCGCUGUCAUCGCGAAAUGUUCAUUUAUGCAUAGCACUACUAAUUAUUAUUUAUUCAGUUUGGCAGUUUCUGAUCUGCUGAUAUUACUAAUCGGAUUACCAAUGGAAUUACAUGACAUGUUAGGUAGUACAUAUCCAUACAAAUUUGGUUCAAUCAUAUGCAAAUUACGAGCAUUCUUGGUGGAAUUUACAUCUUAUGCAUCGAUUCUCAUUAUAGCAGCAUUUACUAUGGAACGAUGGCUUGCUAUUUGUUUUCCACUACAAAUUUUGCAUACUCCUACGAUUUCUCGUGUAUUCAAAGUGAUACCUAUAGCAUGGUCAAUUGCUUUUAUUGCAGCUCUUCCCAUGGCCUUUGUUGUGAAAGUUAAUCGGCUUGCAUUACCUGAUUCUGCUAUAAAUAGCUCAUGGAUACAUUUGAUAUCAGAUGAUGGCCAAACAAUUAUCAAUACUGAUUUUUGUGCAAUGGAUGUGAAUAAUCCAAAAGCUCAAAAAUUUUUAAUCUAUUUUGCCUUUACAAUGUUUUUUUUGCUGCCUGGUUAG